CGUAUGACUGGAACUGACAAUCGGCCGACGACGACGUCGCGUCUUCUUCUUUGGGAACUCAACGAAACAACGUUUGGACUUACUAGCUUCCGUUUCUGCUGUUGCUCCUGUGCGUUAAUUGAAGAAUUAGCGCGACUGACGACCAGUGAGAGAGUAACAUCCACAAACACAAACAGGAGUGAGACAGAGAACUUCAAAAAUGCAAACCGGAAAAAGAAAACCAGUGAGAGAAGGAGUUGAGACCUGCUUGAGGUGGAAAGAAGCAAGGUCAGCCACACCACCACUGAUAAAGAAGUACCGAAACCGACCCGAACCGGGAGCCAUCAAAAUUCACCCGGGAAAAGCAGAUGAUCCAGAUGUUGCCAGCACUCUUGUUCAUGGCAUCAACACCAAGACCAAUCUUUCAGCCAAAAGCUUGGUAAAUCCACCUAAAAAGACUGUAUUCCAAAAGAAGUUGCAAGAAAUCCAUGAAGCAGUGUACCACUCCACCCGCUGUGCACCUUUGGGCAGAUCAGGCAACCGGACCUACGAUGGUGACACCACCAUACACGGCGUUAAAACAAGGAAAGAUUAUGACGUCCGCGAGAUUCUUUACCCUCCGAAAACAGUCGAAGACUUGGAGAAGGAGGCUCUGGACGGACACAAGCUUUACGUCUUUACCCACAAUUCCUUUUUUGUCGGUGAGAAGAUCGAUAGGAAAUAUGACACAAGUCACUUCAUUAAAGACAGCACUUUUGGGAUCUUCACACCUCACUGUAAGGACGGCAGUAGCAUCAGGAAAACUCUCAACUGGCUCGAGGAUACGGAAGAGAUUGAUUCAGAAACUGACGCAAUGUCUAAGCUAUAUGCCUUGAACCUGUCACCGGAUCAUAAAUUUGGAAAGGUUUUGCCGUGGGAUGCAUUUGGUGUCGGAGAAAUAAUUCACAACACAGAGCCGUGGGAGUUCGUCAGAGGUCCAGACCAGCAGCGCAGCAUGGUCAGCGGCUUACAAAAUCACCUGAAGAGGCUCAAUUUUCAUAACUUCCCCUCGUUAGUGGAGGCCUUCAAGUAUUAUGACAAGAAAGGAAUGGGAAUGAUUGACAGGGAGGAUCUAGGAUCCACGUGCAACCAGUUCCAGCUGCAAGUCAGCGAACAGGUCCUCGAUGACCUCAUGGAUUACUGCGACAUGGACAAAGAUGGCAAGAUCAGCUUUUUGGAGUUUGCCAACUUCCUCAACUGGAAAGACAUGACGCCUAUCAAACCUGAGGAGGAACAAAUCAUCACAAAUGAGAUCCAGAUAUCCAGCUCAGAUCCAGCCGACAUAGGGACGGAGUCACAGGAGCUUCCUGCUCCACAGGCUUUAGUUAAACCUGAGGACCUGCAGCCCAAGGAGCCGGGCAGCUGUCUGAAGACUGUCAGGACCCUGAGGCAGAAGAAGACCGACCCAGACCAGUUCGUCACCUCCUCCUCCAACUUCGUGACACUCCCGAAUUGUCAGCUGGCAGGCAUUCGCUCAUAUGGGACCCCCACUGUGCGAACAGACAUCCCAGCUCCACGCCUCAGGAGCCUCGGCGACACGACUAACUACGGCGAUUCAUCCACAGCUGGGAACCUUGUGAAUCCACCACCUCGCACCCUGAGGGGUGUCCUGGAGGAAUACUAUUUCUACCCGCGCAGCAAGCACGAGAUCACAGAGAUUUUUAGGAAUGUGGGCGUGAACAUUUCUGAGGAAACCUUCGAGGAGGUCUGGCAGCUGGCGUCCAUGAAACAUCCAGACGGGGAGGUUUGUGUCGAGGCUUUCCAGAACAUACUCAAGGAAAUGAAAAUACUGUGACACACUGAAACACUGAGGGAUGAACCACUCAAUGACGACGCCCUCUAGUGUCUUGUUUUGAGCAAGACAUUCAUUUUACUGUUAUAGAAAAGCAAAAUUUUACAAGCUGAAACCACAGGACUGUUUUUUAUUCCAUAAAAACAAACAACAACAUGUUGCAGCUGAAUAUCUCUCCCUUCCAAC